AUGGACGCGACUGAGUUCAGGAGGAGAGGGCGGGAGAUGGUGGAUUACAUAGCGGACUACAUCGAGGGCAUCGAGGGACGCCAGGUCUACCCCGACGUGGAGCCCGGUUACCUGCGCCCCCUGAUCCCCAGCUGUGCCCCCCAGGAGCCGGACGCCUACGAGGACAUCAUGAAGGACGUGGAGAAGGUCAUCAUGCCGGGGGUGACCCACUGGCACAGCCCCCGAUUCUUCGCUUACUUCCCCACGGGCAGCUCCUACCCGGCCAUGCUCGCUGACAUGCUGUGCGGGGCCAUCGGCUGCAUCGGCUUCUCCUGGGCCUCGAGCCCCGCGUGCACGGAGCUGGAGACGGUGAUGCUGGACUGGCUGGGGAAGAUGCUGCAGCUGCCCGAGGCGUUUCUGGCCGAGAAAGCUGGCUCGGGGGGCGGGGUGAUCCAGGGAAGCGCCAGUGAGGCCACGCUGAUGGCCCUGCUGGCCGCUCGAAGCAGAGCCACACGCCACCUCCAGGCCACCCGCCCGGGGCUGACGGAAGCCGCCAUCAUGGAGAAACUGGUGGCCUACGGCUCGGACCAGGCCCACUGCUCCGUGGAAAGAGCUGCAUUAAUUGGAGGAGUGAAAUUCAAAGCCAUCCCCUCGGACGGCAAGUUCGCCAUGCGUGCCUCGGCCCUGCAGGAGGUGCUGGAGAGGGACAAGGCCGCGGGUCUGAUUCCUUUCUUCGUGGUGGCGACGCUGGGGACCACAUCCUGCUGCUCCUUCGACAGGCUCUCGGAGGUGGGGCCCGUCUGCAACCGGGAGGACCUGUGGCUGCACGUGGACGCGGCCUACGCGGGCAGCGCCUUCAUCUGCCCUGAGUUCCGGCAUCUCCUGAAUGGCGUGGAGUUUGCAGAUUCCUUUAAUUUUAACCCCCACAAGUGGCUUCUGGUGAAUUUUGACUGCUCGGCCAUGUGGGUGAAGAAGCGGGUGGACCUGACGGGAGCCUUCAAGCUGGACCCCGUGUACCUGCAGCACAGCCACCAGGACUCGGGACUAAUCACCGACUACAGGCACUGGCAGCUGCCGCUGGGCCGCAGGUUCCGCUCCCUGAAGAUGUGGUUUGUCUUCCGGAUGUACGGCGUCAAGGGACUGCAGGCCCAUAUCCGCAAGCACGUGCAGCUGGCCCACGAGUUCGAGUCGUUGGUGAGGCAGGAUCCGCGCUUUGAAGUCUGUGCGGAAGUCACUCUGGGGCUGGUCUGCUUCCGGCUGAAGGGCUCCAACAAGCUGAACGAAGACCUUCUGGACAGAAUAAGCAGUGCCAAAAAAAUCCACCUGGUGCCCUGCCACCUGAGAGGCAGGUUCGUGCUGCGCUUCGCCAUCUGCGCCCGCACGGUGGAGCCUGCGCACGUGCAGCAGGCCUGGGCGCACAUCCAGACGCUGGCGAGCGCGCUGCUGGAGGCCGCGCAGGAGUAA